AUGGAUUUUGAUGCAAAUUAUAGGGAAAAGUUCCCUUCUCAUCUCCCAUUAUUCUUCCCUGAAAAUAAUUACUCGAAACCGCCUCGAAAUGAUCAAUUCUCCCUAGAGGAAGCUAAUUUGUCAUUAAAAGGGAACACUAAUUUCCUCCAAGAUCUUCACCCUCUUGAGAAUUUCGAUCUCAACCUCGAUCUUGAUGGUUCAUCCUCGGCAUCUAAUGCCUUGUUUCCCAUCCAACCAAAUAGUUUGGAACCCUAUGAUCUUAAUUAUAACUCCACAUUUGGGUGUUUCCCUAAUUUUGAGUUAUAUGAGACUAAACCCUUUGCUAAUCAUGCACCUAAUAAUAAUAAUAAUGUUGCAUUGGGUUCUAAUCUCAUAGAUAACUACAAUCAAAGUGGUGGAGGACUUGGGAUUUUAGGGCAUUCCCAAUUUAUUAACCCUAUCAAUAACAUGAUAAGUAGCCCUAGUCCUCAAAGUUAUAACCCCUUUUGCUACUAUGAUUUAGGUCUUACAAGAUCAUCAUAUAGGCUUUCGGAUGAAGACUCGUCCACGACUCCGCAAAAUGACGCCACCGUGGUUGUUCCGAGCCGUCUCUCGGCGGCAACCACCGUGAGAAAGGGUGGAAAAGAUCACCGCAAGAAGAAGUCCACCGUGGUCAAGGGCCAAUGGACUAUGGAAGAAGAUAGACUGUUGAUUCAGUUGGUGGGGCGUUAUGGCGUAAGGAAAUGGUCUCAGAUUGCUCAAUUGCUAAAUGGAAGAGUUGGGAAACAAUGCCGAGAGAGAUGGCACAACCAUUUAAAACCAGAUAUUAAGAAAGAUGUGUGGAGUGAAGAGGAGGACAGGGUUCUGAUCGAAUCACAUAUAGAGAUAGGAAACAAAUGGGCUGAAAUUGCAAAGAAAUUACCAGGAAGAACAGAAAACUCAAUCAAAAACCAUUGGAAUGCAACCAAAAGAAGGCAAUUUUCCAGGAGAAAAUGCAAAUCCAAAUACCCAAGACAGAGUUCUUUACUUCAAGAAUACAUCAAAAGUUUGACUCUUGAAACCAUCAAUGCUGGUUGUAGGAAAAAACCAAUCUCUUUCAACAACAAUCAAUUAUUGUUACCCAAUAAUGAUGAUCAAACCGGGUCCUCGAAUUCGAGUUCGAGUGAUCCAUUAAUUGCACCAGAGUAUGACUUCAGUGAAGUUCCUGAUUUCAACUUUGAUGCUCAGAUGUUUGAAGAGAGUAGCAUUGACUCCCUUCUUGAUUAUGCACCGCCUAAUAAUGAUCACGGCGGCGGUGGUGGUGGCGGCGGUGGAGGUGAUGGCGGCGGCAGAGGGUUUUUUGAGAUUGUGGAUGAUUCACAGAUUGGUUUGGGUCCAAGAAUGAUGGUGCAACAUGAGGUGAAAAAGGAGUUUGAUUUGGUUGAGAUGAUUAACCAUGUUAAUCUCUAAUGAUGCAACCAAUUAUCUAUUAUAAUAUGAAAUUAUAAAGCAUUUUAGUCGGAAAUCGCUCUGAAAGAUUUUAAUAUUUAUAAAGUAUUUUUAUAAAUUGAAGUUAUAUAGUUUAGUGGUGUAAAAGAGAGGGGGAAGGGUAAAGAAAGGUCACCAUAUAUGUUUUGAGGAUGUUCUUGACUUGGUGUUUGUGUAGUUUUGUGUGAAAAACUCUUAAGAGGUUUGUAGGUUGUUAUUUCAGUUGUAUUGUUCUUGACUGUAAGAGAAACCAAUUACUCUAUAAAUUAUGUUAUGAACUUAAAAGUUGUGCACUCUUUAGAAUGUCGUAGAAAGAUACAUUUUAUGAUGUUGUAUUGAUUGUUGUUUAAGGUUAUGCACAAGUUUUUAGUAGAAGUUAAUUUUGUUUUGUUUUGUUCUUUUUGGUGUAAAAGGGAUAAUAAUUGCAAUGGUAUUUUAUCAUCUAAGUUUUUUUUUCCUUUUUGUUUUUUAUGAUCAAGACUCUCAUUUUACUGAACCGUGUAAUGACUACUCGUAUAAUGGAACUUUCAAAGACACUAGAUCGAAUAAUAAACUAUUGAAAGAUUUAUUUUAAGAUUUUAUAUAGAAAAGAAGUUUAAGCUUAUUACAAAAAUUGCAAUUUUACUUACUGAUCUUUUGGCCUAUGGAUAAUUCACUGUAAAUUGAACCUAAUGGCGAAGUCAUUACGUCAAGAAUCGUGAUGUUUAGAGAAAAUAUUGGGUUGGAAAGAUUAUGGAUUGAAGAAUGUCAAGGGUGCCAUGCAUGAUUACUUGAAUUGGAGACUUGGGCAUAGAUAUACUUCAUCUGUUCUCUAGUAGUUGCAACGUUAUUAUAACUUUCACAUUUGCUAACGUAUACCUUAAAUUUUAGAUGAAUAAAUAAAAAUUACUUCCUAUAAAAAUUUGAUUUGUGAAAAUAUACAUCGAGGGGACCUAACAAGAUCUCACGUGAUUGUGUUUUUAACAUACAUUCAAAUCAUUAAAGAUGGCCAAAAGAGAGUAUAUGAAUUAUGAAGCAUAAAGAGGGAGCAAGAAAAGCUUAAGAUUAAUAAUGGGGUGAAAGAAUUUGGAUCUACUUCUCAAAACUACUUUCAAAAUAAGAGAAAAAAAUAUCAAUGAUGGGAUAAACACAA